AUGUCCUCCAGAGAGCUUCAUAACAGGAGAGAUGAAAGACAAGAUCUCGAUAACGACUGGGUACAUGACAGAUACGAUGACGAACCAGAGUCACGAAAUCAGUAUCAAUCUAAACCACGUGGAGGCCGACGAGAAGACUACAACGAUCGACGAUCACCAGGCAGAGACGGUGGCAGAGGCAACGACCGGGAUGGAUUCCGUGAUGGCGGACGCGACAGAGCACCUCUGCCUGCAAAGAUUCGAGUGGACAAUCUACAUUACGAUCUAACUGAAGAUGAUCUUUUCGACCUUUUCACAAGGAUCGCGCCAGUCAAAGACGUGCGUUUGCAAUACGAUAGAGCUGGAAGGUCAGAUGGAACAGCCUUUGUAACCUACGACCUCAUAGGCGAUGCACGGUUGGCAGUAAAAGAAUUCGACGGAGCGAACGCAAAGGGACAGCCUAUUAGACUGACUAUUCUGCCUCUACCUCCUCGAACUACCAGACGAGAAAACCCCUUCGAUCGCGUCGAGAAUCCCAGAAGCCUCUUUGAUCGCAUAGAAGCACCUAGUGGUCGCGGAAGGAGAAGAAGUGAGAGUCCUGUUGGAGACGCGGAAAGAGACUAUUCAAGGAACGGUUCGAGACGUGGUCAAACAGGUUCGGGCAGAGACCACCGAAGCGAUACAAGCAAGCCACCACCAGAGAAUAUUGAUCGCUACGUGCCUGGUCAAAAUGGUCGAGGUGGCAGACGGCCUGGUGAGAGACGUGAGCGCCCACCAAGAGACGCUCCGAGGUCAGGAGCUCGACCCAAGAAGACUGCGGCUGAGCUAGAUGCUGAGAUGGAAGAUUACUGGGGCACAGAUGCGGGUAAAGAGACGAACCAGCCUGCACAGCAUGCCACUACUGGAGGCGACGACAUCGACAUGAUCGAAUGA